GCCCAUUAGGUCACAAGUACAAGAUCCAUCUCAAUUGAUUUGAGGUUUGUAUUACCAUUACAUUAUGAUGGUCAACAUAGACUCACACUUACGAGAGGUGAUCGCUUUACUACUAGCCUUCUUUGGGUCAAGGUAUACAAGCCCUCAAAUGUUAAUAAUGGUUGGCUAUGACAAUUAUAUACAAUUUACACUCACAAUUCCAUCUUGAUAUUAGAUUUAGGGUGUUACAAUCUCCUCCAUUUAAAUGCUUGAUGUUCUUAUCUAGCCUAAUCCCAGUCAGAACAAAGCCAUCUAGGCCACAAGUACAGGAUUCAUCUCAUGUGCAAACACCGACCAUGAUGGUUAGCAUUGGUCCACACCUGGGAGAGAAGCAAUAGCUUUGACACAAACUGAAAUGACUCAAACCGAAGCCCACUAUUGGCCUAACAACUUUUCAAACUAAGGUCCACAAGCCUUUAAAAGCUUAAACUCAAAUUGAUAAUAGUGUUUAGUCGCUACACUUAUAUAUUAAUCACAUUCAUACUUUCAUCCCAAUGUAAAAUUCAAGGCAUUACAGUAAAGAUAAAAGGCUGCAAUGUUGGACAACAAAGAUUAAGCAAUGUCAUUCACAAAGCACAAGAAAAUUACAACUUUUCAUCGGACAUAUAAAUAAAUUGGACUCAAAAAUCCCACCUUUUGACUUGGAUGAGUUGUAGGCAAUAAUGCAUUACUUUAAUCAACUAAUUUGUUUGAUCCUAGCUAGCUUUUUCUUUAAUAAAUUCAACUACAAAGACAUAAAGUGAAUGUCAUUGCAACCAAUUGAACUAAUAUGCUACCUACCCGUGCAUCCAAAAGUAUAAAGCAUAGAUGCUUAAUAUACACUAAAAACAUAUUACAACAAACAAAAGUUAUAACAAUUAAUAAAAGGAAUUGUCUAACUUAGUGCACAAGUUAAGAGCAUAAUAAAUGCAUCUUUUUUGUAAUUAAUUCACAUUAAAAAUGAUAAAAGUUGACAUAUAUUUUAACAUUACUGACACGUGAAUGAUUUUAAUUAGUUAAUUGAUUAAAUCAAAGUCAACAUUUAUAUUUUUAAUGAAAAUUAAUUAUGAAAAUGUGCAUUUAUUGCAUCCUUAUCUUGCCCCUCAAGGGCAUAGGAUAGAAAAAUCCUCAAUAAAAUACCGCAAAUUUGUUGGCAAUUGAAUUGGAAUAGAGGAGGAUUAAUCAAAUAAAUGAAGUUCCUAGCUAGCUAGAUACAUAUACUAUACAAUGACCCACGCAACAUGUAUAAAAGAAGAAAGAAAAGUGGCAAGUUAAC